AUGCGCGUCUUUUUGGUUGUUUGUCUGUCUCUGGCAGUCGCCCUUGCGGCUGACCCACCAAGGCCUGUAUUCAGUACCUUCGCUCCGUUUACGUUUGCACCAACGACUCGGCGGUACUCUUUCUUCAGCACGACCCCUAGACCUGUAUACAACCCUUACAACCCCACGAGGUACUACCCUAACUUCAACCAGAAAUACAGCGGUGACAGUGCCGGUCGUUACGACUCCGGUCAGUACGACAACUCUGGCAGAUACGUUCCUGACGACUCUGGCAAAUACAACGGUGACCGAGGUGACCGCGGUGGUGCUGGAGGUUUCUACUCUGGCUCCGGAUCGGCCGGUGGUCCCGGUGGUGCUUACUCCGGAUCUGGAUCUGCUGGCGGUCCUGGUGGUCCAGGUGGUGCCUACUCUGGCUCUGGCAGCGCUGGAGGUCCCGGUGGUUUCUACAGCGGAAACGACGAAGGUGGACGUUACAGGCCUGAUGGCAGCGGUGCUUACAACGGUGACCGUGGUGACCGCGGCUCUGCUGGAGGUUUCUACACCGGAGACAAGAGCAGUGGCUCCGCUGGAGGUUUCUACACCGGAGACAAGAACAGUGGCUCCGCUGGUGCUGGAAGCAAACCUAGUGGAUCAGGCAGCGGAUCUGCCUCAAGCGGCUUAGGAUUAGGCUUCGGAUCCGGUUCUGCUUCUGGCUCUGCCUCUGGUUCUGGUUCUGGUGCUUACAAGGGAUCUGGUUCCGCUGCUGGAUCUGGCUACGAAUACAAAUACGGCAUCAUCCGUCAGGAGACUGACGUUCUUCCUGAAGGUUACCACUACCUCUACGAAACCGAGAACAAGAUUCUUGCUGAGGAAGCUGGCAAACUCGAGCAGAUCGACAACGAAAGCGACGGAAUCAGGGCUAAGGGAUUCUACGAGUACGUUGGCCCCGACGGUAUCACCUACAGGGUUGACUACACCGCUGACGAGAACGGUUUCAUCCCCAGUGGAGCCCACAUCCCAAAUCCCAAAAAAAUAGUCUAA